AUGAGGCCACAAUCGGUACUGCUCCGCCAGGCGGCUUGCCACAAUAUUCUCAAUCCCCGCCGAUCCCUCGGCGGAGCGCGCAAUUUCGCCGCGACGACAACAAGUUCGCUACGUGGUGCCAACACUCGCCCAGCACUACUUGCCUCACAGUCUGCGACAUGCUUCCAGCAGCAACGAUGGAUUACGCAGAAGUACAUACAGCGCAUGAAGGAUGGCGAGAAGGAAUGGGCUGGGUUUGCGAAGGAGAUUAAGGAAGGGAAAAGGAAGAAUUUCGCGCAACAUUUGGAGGAGCGUGGUCUGAUCCAUGAUGUUGUUGGAGAACGCGAUUUGUUGCAUAAGGUCUUUACGGAAAAGCGCGCUGGAAUUUACGUCGGAAUCGACCCUACGGCGCCUUCGAUGCAUGUUGGACACAUGCUGCCAUUUAUGGUCUUGGCCUGGGCAUACGUCUGGGGUAUUCCGGUCACAUUUUUGCUUGGCGGUGCUACAUCUCGGGUUGGCGAUCCUACUGGCCGGUUAAAAGGACGUGAUGCGGUCCAUUCCUCGAUCCGAAAAGCCAACAUGGCUAGCAUGCACAUGCAAUUGAAGAAGUUGGGCGUCAGCAUUGACCAUUACGGACGGAGACACGGAUACGAACGGCAGCCGAUGUGGAAGCGGGCAUUGACUAACAACAACACCUGGUGGAACUCAAUGCCGUUCCUUGAAGUGUUGCGUGACCUUGGUGCUUAUAUGCGAAUUGGUCCUAUGCUCGGCAGAGAGACUGUCAAGAACCGCCUGUCAAAGGGUGACGGCAUGUCAUUUGCCGAGUUCUCUUAUCCCCUUCUCCAAGCGUGGGAUUGGUGGACGAUGUUCCAAAAGGGUACUCAGGUGCAAGUUGGAGGCUCCGAUCAGUAUGGAAACAUUCUCUUCGGAAUGGACGCAGUUAAGUCCAUCAGCCGCAAUACGGCCGACGAGCAACUCAGGAAUCCCCUAGAGUCGGAGCUCGAUCAUCCUAUUGGUUUCACCACGCCGCUUCUGACAGCUCCAAACGGCGAGAAGUUUGGAAAGUCUGCAGGAAACGCCGUGUGGCUUGACAAGGACCUGACUUCCACUUUCGAGCUCUACCAGUUCUUCGUUCGCACCCCGGACGACACUGUUGAGAACUACCUCAAGCUGUUCACUUUCAUCCCCUUGCCCGAGAUCGCCAGUAUCAUGGAGGAGCAGAACAAGGACCCCUCAAAGCGCGUUGCGCAACAUGCACUUGCUUUCGACUUUGUCGAGCUCAUCCAUGGCAAGGACGAGGCCGAUGCAGUCGCUAUGCAACAUCGCCAGCUAUUCCGUCCCCGAUCAUCCACCGGCAUCCCGACUCCUCUCCCUAAAUCCUCUUCUCCCCCCUCAAGCCACGCGCAAUCUCCCACCGCAGGCUUUGAUAACCCGCAAUCUGGCAACCAAUACGCCCCUCAAACGAACUUUUCGAACAUGGGUGACAUUAAGGUCACCCUCCCUCAAUCCCUUGUGAUCAACCAGCCAUUCAACAAGGUCCUUUGGUCGGCCGGUAUGGUUUCAUCUAAGAGCGAAGGACACCGCGUUAUUGUAAACAAUGGUGCCAAGGUCGGCAGCCGUCCCGGUGACAGCGGUCCCAUGUCGGACGCGCUGUCCUUCACCCCCAUCCGCCCAUGGGGCGCCGAGAAGACGCAGGAGUUUGUCCUGAACGACGACCUCCUCAUGCUCAAGCUCGGCAAGUGGAAGUUUAAGGCUGUUCACAUCGUGAGCGAUGAAGAAUUUCGCAAGCAAGGUCUCACUGCUCCAGGCUGGGAGACUGAGCCUACUGAGCCGACUGAGUCGUAA